GGUGCCACGUGUGCUAUAGAAUCCAAUAUGGCGGACGAAUGUUGUUGAUAUUGACUUAACCAGGAGAUCGCCGAUCUUAUGGAAACGGCGAAAGAAUGUUAUCUUUGCGAGAAACAUUCGUACAAAAAGAGGAUCCUAGUAACUGGUGGUGCAGGUUUUAUUGGUUCACAUGUGGUGAUCUUACUAGUGGAGAGAUACCCUGAGUAUUAUGUUAUAAAUCUGGACAAGCUUGAUUAUUGUGCAAGCUUGAAAAACCUCAAGAGAAUUAGUGGCCGUCCGAACUAUAAAUUUAUUGAGGGUGAUAUCUGUGAAGCUAAUCACCUCAAGUACAUUUUCCAAGCAGAACAAAUAGAUACUGUACUGCAUUUUGCAGCACAGUCACAUGUGGAUAAUUCUUUCUGGAGUUCACUGGACUUCACCAAGACAAAUGUGUAUGGUACCCAUGUUUUGAUCAAUGUGGCACAUGAGGCAAAGAUUAAGAAGUUCAUUCAUGUCAGCACAGAUGAAGUUUAUGGUGGCAACUCUUCUCUGGGUGACAUGCACAGUGAAUCAUCGCCUCUCAGACCUAGUAACCCGUAUGCAGCAUCAAAAGCAGCUGCAGAGUGCAUUGUUAUGUCAUACCUGGAAAGCUUUAAGUUUCCAGUAAUCAUCACAAGAAGUAAUAAUGUUUAUGGACCCCACCAGUAUCCAGAAAAGGUCAUCCCAAAGUUUAUCACGCUCCUCAAUAGAAACAGAAAGUGUUUCAUCCAUGGAGAUGGAUCACAAGAAAGGAACUUCUUGUACGUUACAGACGUUGCUGAGGCGUUUCUUCGUAUUCUCCAUUUUGGGCAAGAUGGCGAGACUUAUAAUAUCGGAAGUGACUUCGCCAUUGAUAUAAUGGAGCUGGCCAAACAACUUGUUUCCAAGAUUAAAGGAGAACAGGGCCUUGAACAAUUUUCCGAUCACAUCGAGUUUGUCAAAGACAGACCUUUCAACGACAAGCGCUAUCCCAUGGACUCAUCUAAAGUCAAGGCGCUUGGCUGGGAGCCCAAGGUAUCAUGGGAAGACGGUCUUCAAAGGACAAUUGACUGGUAUGCAGACGCAAGUUCGCUGAGACACUGGCCAGCGGCAGACAUGGCUUUGCGACCCUUUCCCAUAGGUAGUAACACAAUGUAUUGCGACGACGAGGACGAGCUCCUAUUGGCUAAACCACUACAUACACCUAGACACAACCCUAAUAUGGAGUGCUAGCGAACCAAUCACGUGGUUGCACGGUUUCAAGAUUGUACUAGUUAGGGUUAUCCAAACAUACAAUGAAAGCAUAAAUUAGAUAUGUAUUUUUAUCAUGGAAUAGAUUUGAAAUGAAAGAUGCUCUUUUAAGCAUCAUUAAAAUUCCGGAUCUGAUAAUGAUUCAGAUAUGGUACCAAUAUCGUUACGGCGGCGAAACGAAAUAAACCUUGUUCUAGACGAAAAAGCCCAACAAAAGGUUCUUCUCGAAACCGGAGUUGUCAAAAUUUGAUAGCCAAACUUUUUUGUAGCCAAAUCGAUAACAAACGUUCCUUGGAGAUACUGCAAUUGCAGAAAGAAUCCCUUUGUUCUUUCGGGGGUGUUCAGAUUUUAUACAGAAAACUCUCCCCCCUCGGGCCUGACGGCCUCGCGUUUGACCCCCCACCCCCAGGAAUUUCCAAUCCCCUCCAUGGGGGGGUAUGGAUAUGUUCUGGAACUACACAAAUGGAGUAAAGGCAAGGCAAUUUCUUCGUCACGGAUCGGAAACUAUAGAGUUUUCUAUUUUCUCUACAGUCAGGGCCCCUUUAGGUAGAUAGCAACAGUUCUGAGCAGUUCUCAACGCUUCUUGUUAAACAACUUGAAAUGUCUUUGCUAUUUUUGAUGCUCUCUAGGAUAACAGUUGGCUAAUUUCUGAUUCAAUUUCGAUAACUUUUAAAUAGCGACACGUUAUUUUGCUUAAAAAUAUCUCCUUUUUCGUAGUAAACAGCUAAAAACGGCAGUCUUUUCUAUUUGUGAGCUCAGCCAAAGAAAUUAGUUUUUCUCCUGUCGAGAUGUUAUAGGAAGUGGUAUUCAGUAAAAAUUCUGGCACCUUUUAAAGGAAGUCUUGUUUCUGUCCCGCGUUUAGAGUGGCUGGCAGUAGUGUUGUCUUUGCACAAGAAAUUACACGCCAAAAUCAUCUGUUUUUAGAUAAAUAUGAACGCUUUUAUCGAUACAUCUUGAGUCGAUUCUUUACAAAGUCUGGUUUGUGUAAAAUAAAGUAACGAGAACAGUCUUUCAGCAAAUAAAUUAUGAUAUUAUUAUA